AAAAGGGAAUGGGAGAGUGUAAAUGACUUAGUUGGUGGGUGGUUGCAGCUGAUAGCUGGCUGUAUAUAGGAGUUUUCAGUUGAUACAAAUAUGAUUGAGGAAGGGUAAUUAAUCGGUCGCUCAUACUCUCUCUGUCUUCGAUCAAAUGUUAUUGAUGGCUGCUAGGGUUUCAGUCUUCCAGUAGCUUUGGGGGAAUUGAUCCGACGCCGGAGGAUGAAGAAACCUUCUAAUAGUAAUCCGGCCGCCGGGUUCGGCGACUUGCCCAGAGAAAUCUUGCUUCAAAUCCUGGUCAGUCUUCCCGUGAUUUCCAUCCUCAGAUGCACCGCCGUAUCCAAGGUAUGGAAUUCGCUGAUCCGAAGCUCUGAAUUCGUAUCCCAUCACCGCUCUUCCUUCACCCUCUCCUCCAAUUCCAAUCCCGACCGCCGCCCUUCCCUCCUCCUACGCCGACUCACCGCUGCUUCUUCCGAACAUUUCACUCUCCAUUCGGAUCCGGAGCGUUUCGCUGCUUCUUCCGUCGACAUCUCGUCCCCGUUCAAGCCUCGAUCUGGCGUCCCCGGUUGCAUUCAUGUUUUCGGGUCGCUACACGGGUUAAUCUGCCUCUGCGACAACUUUCAUAUGUAUGCUUACACCAUCUACAUUUGGAAUCCGUCGCUUAGGCGGUUCAUCGACGUCCCAAGGCCGACGCUCAAUUUCAGAGAAAUGGGCGAGCUUGCUGGUCCCAAUUCCGCCCCUGCCGUGUUGGGUUUCGGGUACGAUUCAAAUGCAGAUGACUAUAAAGUGGUCAGAAUCGCCUACCCUCGAACUGCUGGGGCACGACGGCGAGCAGAAGUUUACGCUCUGAAAGAGCGUCAAUGGAGGGAAGUUCCCAUUGAAGUGUUGCAGUCUUGUGAUGGUGAUAUCCUUUGGUCUCAGUGUUCUGUAGAUGGGAUUAUAUAUUGGCCAGCUAAAGUGGGAUUGAGAAACAACUUCCUUCUGGCUUUCGAUGUGAAUGAUGAGAGUUUCAGUAGAAUUGAGUUGCCCAAGGAACUGCCAGGAGCAGGUGAAUCAAGACUCAUUUCCAUUUCAGAGACCAAGGUCACAGGUUUGCUUACAGUCCUGUAUUAUACUGCCACUUCUUGCGAGAUAUUGGUAAAGCAAGGGUGCAGUGGUGCGGACAAUAGUUGGGCAAGAUUCUGCAGUGUAAGCAUAGUUGAUCCAACUCGAGAACUUGUUAUUGGGUUGUGGCAGGAUAAGGAGGUUUUGUUGCAGAAGGGAAGGGAGGAGGAUUUGGUUGGUAGUCCGAGGUCGGGACAAGAAGUUGUUUUGUGUUUAUAUGAUCACAAGACCCGACAAGUUGAGCUUCUUGGGAUGCCAGGCGCUGGAUACCUAGAUGUAUUCUAUGCUGCGGAUUAUACAGAGAGCAUAGUUUUACUGGAACCAGAAGUCUGUGCAGUUUCUUAUAGAGACCCUGAAGUGGAACCCAUAGCAAGGUCAGUGAACUUUGAUCUGGAGGAUGCGCAUUUCAAAUGGUGUGGGGAGCAACGUCGGUAGUGUGACAAAGCAUAUGCUGAGAAGCUUAGACUAUUGGUACUUGUAGUAGCUUUUUAGUCUCGAAAUUCUUAUUUGUGGCACUUCUUCACUUCUGGCGCCCCUGCAUACUUGUUAUUGUUGUUCAAUGGCCAACCGUGAAUACUGAUUUGCGGUUUCCGUUUUGUGGAGCCUAUCUGAAUGAGGGGCUCUUGCUCCUCUGUCUCUUGAUCCAUACACACCGGAGGAUCAAGAGUACUGACAACCAACCCACUCCAAACCUUCAAAAGAAAUG